AGACGCGUUCACGAGUCAAGCAGAGUCGUCGCUUCCCUCUUGUGCUCUCACUCACUCCUUCCAGAUCUAGCCACCACCAGCUUCCUCUCGCCCCCUCCCGUGCGCCGCCUGCAGCCCCAGCCGACGUCGGACGCCGCCGUCGAGUCUCUUCUGCGCCUCACCACCAACAAUGUCGGCGGCCUCCCCCGUCGCUUGCCGUCGCCCCGGCGACCCGCCGUGACCGCCGGCGUGAAGCAUCACAUCCAGGGCAUCACACCGAUGGCCAUGGCCGCCAUGGAUUAGCUAAACUCUUCUAAUCCGUGGCUCAGUUCUAGAGCUCGUUCAAAGACAAACACUACCUUGGAUUAGCUAGCUAACUGAGCUCAUGGUCAUGGCGGUGGUGACGGGCGCCAUGGGCAGCUUGCUCCCCAAGCUGGCCGAGCUGCUCAAGGACGAGUACAACCUGCAAAAAAACGUCAAGAAGCACGUCGAAUCCCUCUCCAAAGAGAUGGAGAGCAUGAACGCUGCUCUCCGCAAGGUGGCGGAGGUGCCACGGGAGCAGCUCGACGAGCAGGUCAAGCUCUGGGCCAAUGAGGUCAGAGAGCUCUCUUACAAGAUGGAGGACGUCGUCGACACCUUCCUUGUGCGUGUCGAUGGCUGUGAAGAAAUAAAGCACAAUCAAAACAAGCUCAAACGGCUCGUGAAGAGGAUGGGCAACGUGUUGACGCACGGCAAGGCUCGCCAUCAGAUCGCCGGUGCUAUCAAGGACAUCAACAUGGAAGUCAAGGAGGUGGCUGCUCGACGUGACAGAAACAAGAUCGAUAACAUUGUGGCUGACUCUGCAGCCACCACGACUAUCGACCCUCGUCUCAGGACUCUGUACACAGAGGCGGCAGAGCUUGUCGGAAUUUAUGGGAAGAGGGAUCAGGAGCUCAUGAGGUUGCUGUCCAUCGAGGACAACUACAUCUCUGCCAAGAGGCUCAAGAUAGUCUCUAUUGUCGGAUUCGGUGGGCUGGGCAAGACCACUCUUGCUAGAGCAGUGUAUGACAAGAUCAAGGGGGAUUUUGAUUGCAAGGCCUUUGUUCCUGUCGGCCGGAAUCCUGACCUGAAGAAGGUUUUCAGAGAUAUCCUCAUUGACCUCGACAAGUCUAGCUCAGACCUGCCGAUGUUGGAUGAAAGGCAGCUUAUCGACAGGAUUCGGUUAUUCCUCGAUGACAAGAGGUACCUCGUCAUAAUUGAUGAUAUAUGGGAUGAAAAACUGUGGGAAGGUAUCAACUUAGCUUUCUCCAAUAGAAACAAUCUAGGCAGCCGGCUAAUCACCACAACCCGCAAAGUCAGUGUAUCCACAACAUGUUGCUCUUCAGCUGAUGGUUCAAUUUAUCACAUGAAGCCUCUUUCUGCUGAUGACUCCAAAAUGUUAUUCCACAAAAGAAUAUUUCAUGACUGUUGUCCUGCUGAGUUUGAAGAUGUAUCGAGCGACAUAUUGAAAAAAUGUGGUGGGGUACCGCUAGCUAUAAUUACAAUAGCCAGCCUUCUGGCUAGCAGUGGGGAGCAUAUAAAACCAGUACAUGAAUGGCAUGCUUUGGUCCAGUCUCUUGGUCUCGGACUUACAGAAGAUGCGAGUCUAGAGGAAAUGCAGAGGAUAUUAUCUUUCAGUUAUUAUGAUCUACCUUCUCAUCUGAAGACUUGUCUGUUGUAUAUUAGUAUAUAUCCAGAAGAUUCCUAUAUUGAGAAAGAUCGAUUAAUAUGGAAGUGGGUCACUGAAAGUUUUGUUCAGCCUGGAAAGCAAGGAAUAAGCCUCUUUGUGCUUGGAGAAAAUUACUUCAACGAGCUCAUUAACAGAAGCAUGAUCCAGCCAAUAUACAAUUUGGCAGGCCUGGUAGAAGGUUGCCGCGUACAUGAUAUGGUUCUUGAUCUUAUUUGUUUCUUGUCAAGAGAAGAACUUUUUGUAAAUUUAUUGGAUGGUACUAGCGAUGGCACGUCUUGUCAAAACAAUAUUCGUCGGCUCUCUCUCCAACAUAGACAAGAUCAUGAAGCCAAUUCUCUCAUUAAUUCCAUGAGAAUAUCACAAGUGAGGUCUGUCACUAUCUUUCCACCUGCUAUUGAUAUCAUGCCGGCUCUUUCGAGGUUUGUUGUUUUAAGAGUACUGGAUUUUGCUGGAUGUGAUAUUGGGGAAAGUAGUUGGAAGCUUAAGGGUGUUGGAAAUUUAUUUCACCUGAGGUACCUUGGUCUUGCACGUACUGGUAUUCGUGAAAUCCCGGCAGAGAUAGGAAAUCUCCAGUUUUUGCAGUUGUUGGAUCUCGAAGGCAAUUAUGAUCUUAAAAAAAUUCCAUUGACUGUUUGCAAGCUGAGAAGGUUGAUGUUCUUAGGUUUUCAUCUUGGUUGCGAGAUGCCUCCAGGUGUGUUGGGGAAUCUAACAUCCAUUGAAGUGCUGGACGAGAUUCAAGCCUCUCUGGACAUUGUACAACAGCUUAGCAGCCUUGCAAGACUAAGGGAGCUUGACAUUAUCUUCCCGGUCAAGAGUUUCGAUUUGUACGGACCUUUCGUGGAGUCUCUGUGCAACCUAAAGCAUUUGGAAAGUCUAAUUAUUGGUUGCUACGAUGAACCUUCCGCUGGUCUCUUGGAUCUUUUGGAAGAACACAGCUGGGUGCCUCCUCCAAGUCUCCGCAAAUUUGAGUCGGACAUACCCAGCAACCUCUCCACACUGCCGGCAUGGAUAAAGAGAGACCCCUCGCGUCUCUCGAACCUCUCCGAGUUAAGGCUCGUAGUCAAGGGAGUGCAGCAGGAGGACAUGCAAAUCCUUGCGGGAUUACCGGCUCUUCGUAGUCUUGUGAUACUCUGCUCUCAGCAAACACAACGGCGGCUGGUCAUCGGUGCUGAUGGGUACCGUAGUGUGGUGUUGUUUGUAUUGCGAUGUGGUUCAGGGGCGCAAAUAAUGUUUGAACCGGGAGCAUUGCCGAGGGCGGAAACGGUUGAGUUCAGUGUGGGUGUGCGGGUGGCGAAAGAUGAUGGUAAUGGAAAGUUCGAAUUGGGCCUGAAGGGGAACCUGCUCUCGCUUCGACGUACCGAUGUGAGCAUCCAUCGUGAUGGAGCGACGGUUGGAGAGGCCAGGGAAGCGGAGGCAGAGGUGAGGCGCGCACUGCAGGACCACCCUAAUCGUCCCAUCGUUAGUAUUCGCAUGGAGCCGGGAAUACCAGAAGAUGCUCACGACGAUGAUAUCUGUGAUGAUUACAAGCGGAAGAUGAAUUGAUCACCUUCAGGUACCUACGCUCAUCCACCCUUGCCACUGAUCGCCUUCAUAUGUGCUUCAUUUCAAGCAGAUAUCGAGGACGAGGAGUAAUCAAGGUGAUGAACAAGCUGAUAAAAAAAACUUGGGCCCAUGGAACAAACUGAAUCUUCGGUCCAUCUGUGAUGAAAGACUACCUUCAAAUUUUCACUGCUCAAAAUCAAAUAAAGCCGGCCGUGCAUGGCAUCCAGUUUGUUGAGGUUUUCCACUCUGCUUUUUCAAAUUCAAGUUUGGGCAUAUGCUUGUCGGGUGACAGCUUCAGGCUGGUAUGAGACCCUGGCUUUUUCAAGUUUCUCUUCACGCUAGAGAGCGAUCUUGUAAUAAUCUGUUACCAAGAGAACCAGGAUAUAUUUGUUUCCUUAAUCUGAAUCCGUCAUGUGAUCCCCAUGCCUGUUCCUACAAUCGAGUCAGGUUAUAUUAUUUA